UUUUUCAAGGUUAAUUAUGUCGCGGUUUCGACUAGUUUAUUAUUCGCGUUGCUCAUACUUCACAAGUUCUUUCAGUUAUAUUAGCAAAGAACUGUUUCAUCCUGAUCAUUUGCACGUAAAAACGAUAACGAAUCUACUUCUUGGUGUUCAUGACAAUCUAGGGUUGCCAUGGGGACUGACAAUCGCAACUACUGCUGUCCUAGUACGAACAGUCGUAACCGUCCCAUUGUAUAUCUACGCUGAGAGGAACCAAGCUAAAGUUUCACAUAUUGCCAUUGAAUGUCAACGAAAUCGACAGAUGAUGCAAGCGGAACUUAGUAAUUCUGAGUACUAUCGUAAUUCGAGUACUAUGAGAAAAUCAGUGCUUGAAAAUCAACUGUUCAGACGUGUCUUCAUUAAAACAUGCGAAAAAAAUGGAUGUCACCCAUUGAAAUCGUCAGUUACAGGAAUAAUCCAAAUCCCAUUGUGGCUCACAUUCACAUUCUCUAUCAGAUACUUGAGUGGAUUCCAACUGUAUCCGCAAUCCUAUUCCAAUCAUCUGAUUGCCGAUUCGUCGCUCAACGUUCCGUGCUCAAGUUUCCUGCUUCCCUCCAUAUGUACGUUAGCCGGAUUGGCAAAUGUAGAACUAGCGUGUUUAAGACGACCUCUGUUCUUCAAUCCAAAAUCUAAUUCUGUAAUACCAGAUCCUCUACCUUAUAAUGUUGUGCGGUUUGUUAGUUGGGUUGGAAACCUUGCUCUUUUCGCGUGUUGCAGCCUUUUUCCAAAAGUAAUGGAUACGAAUUGUGGUAUAACUCGAUGGAAACAACAAUUGUGAUAACCGAAUCCACGUUCUCCUGUACACAAGGCACGGAAGUUUUCAGCAGUUCUCGGGACAAUAUCUGACCGGAGCUCCAUCACUAUACGACCAGCAUCUCCAUUUCCAAUUCGAAUAUCGAAGAAUACCCGAGGAAGAUUUCGUUUUUGUUUUUUGGUUCGCAUUUCUUCGUCACUCUGUGAAGAUUGAGUACAUAAGUAAAGUGGCCAGCGAAUUCAUCGUCCCAAACGUAUCAAUGUCAUUAAAUUGGUUGCGGCUUAUGUUGCAACUGUAUAUCGAACCGGGCUAGGUCCAAGGUUAGCUACUAUCCCAUCAGAAAGUAUAGAUGAGCACUGGUUGCAAUUACAUGACGCCAUGAAAAUUGCGAUUUAAGUCGCUUAUGACCUCGCGAAUCUUCCAUGUUAUAAGCACUGGGUUUCUUCAGGCUCCUUACAACUUAUUGAAGUCCGACGGUAUACUCCGAGUGACCGCGAAAUUGACCAUAAACGAAGACUGUUACUCAAUUAAAUUUGACAAAGCUUGCGUAAGGACCGAUAAGCCUGCUGGUCGGAGCGUGACAAUAAGUUGGGAGUAGCAGCUACAUCUGGUGAAUACCGGAAGCGCUUUCAACUCACCCAAGUCACUAGCAACAAGAAGUCUGGUGUGAGAGAAACAAUCUGUGAAGAUGACGAGAUGUCAAUCACUAAUGUUAUAUCCCAAUGAAGAUCAAAUGACGGGUAACUUCUGAGGACCAUUAAUGGAUUAAUAUUCUAUAAUUAUUCUUAUUGCAUAAUUAUUCAAUGAUUAGAUUAUGCAUAUUUAUAUUCCUCUUAUUAUAAGCUUCAUUUUGACUUAUAAUUUAUUAUUAUACGAUUUACUGUCCUUAAAUUAUGCUCAGUUUAUCAACUACUGCCUUCCACGUUCACAGUCACUUUUUGGCUUUAUUGUGUACAAAUGUUAUUUCCCAUUUUAUGGUGCGUCGCGG